AUGCCUUCCUAUGUUGUGACAGGUGCCUCUCAUGGCCUCGGAUUCGCAUUCAUCAGGAAACUCUCGUCCGACCCGUCCAAUGUGGUCUUUGCUCUCGUCCGGAAUAAGCAAAAGGCUCAGGAAGCCAUUAACAAGGAGUUUUCUGGCCGCCAGAACUUACAUGUUCUUCACGGUGACCUUGGUGAUUUUGAGUCUCUGAGACUUGCUGCCAAGGAGGUCGCGCGCCUCACAGGCGGUGGUCUUGAUAUUCUCAUCGCAAAUGCUUCUUACUCGAUAGUCGGUUUUGAUGCAAUCUCAACCCAAGCAACCCAGGACCAGAAUUUCGACCGGGACAUGCUCGAAUCUUUCCGUAUUAACGUCAUUGGUAACACUCACCUGAUCGCCAAUUUCCUACCUUUGAUUGAACGUGGCACACUUAAGAAAGUGGUCGUGCUAUCCUCUGGAAUGGGUGAUGUUCCUCUGGUCGUUGAAUCAGAGAUGAAGUGGCAGUCGCCGUAUGCGAUUUCCAAGGCAGCAUUGAAUAUGGCGGUUGCGAAGUUCCAUGCUCAGUAUGCUGCAAAGGGUACACUAGUUAUGGCGAUUUCUCCAGGCGUGGUGGACACUGACAGUGUGCGAGAAAAGUCAGCACAAAGUACAGAUCUGGCUGGUACAGCAACCGCAGAAAUGAACGAGGGGGUUGAGGAGUUGUGGGCGGCAAUGAAGAGGUACGCGCCUCAUUUUUCUGGCCCGAUUACACCAGAUCAAUCCGUGGCUAUGGUUUUGGAUGUUGUGGAUAAGGCGACCAUAAAGGAUCAUGGCGGCCGAAUGAUAUCACACCUCGGUACUACGCGUUGGCUAUAA